AUGGGCAACCUCGGAGCUUCCCCGAUGUCUCUGGGGAUGUCCCUGGGAGAAGGAGCCAACAAGAAUAAGGGUCGAGGGAGAUCGUCGAGCUUGGUCACGGUGACCGAGGUCGGAGGGGAUGAUGGGGAUCAGGUCGUCGAUCGGCUCGGGGUGGGGGUUAACGAGAAUGCCAAUUGGGUUAAUGCGCCCGGAGCAUGGCUCAUCCACCCGGUCAUCAUCCUCCUCGGCAAGGUCCUCGUCGACGCGAUACCCAACAUGACGGCGAGUUACAGUUGGACGAUCGUCAACCUCGGAUACGUCAUGGCUUCGUACACGAUGUUCCACUCGGUCACCGGGGUCCCCUUUGAGUCGUCGCAACCUUCUGGAGGCGCCUACGACGAUCUGACUCUGUGGGAACAGAUCGAUGCCGGAGCUCAGUAUACGCCAGCCAAGAAGUGGUUGACGAGCGUGCCCAUCCUCUUGUUCUUGAUCUCGACUCAUUACGUCAAGUACGACCCGAGGUUGUUCUUUAUCAACUUUGCAGCUUGCGUCUUUGUCCUCUUUCCUAAACUACCCGCUCUCCACCGACUGAGAUUCCACUUUACACCGCUCGAGAACAAACCGGUCGCUUCCAACGGGGUCACACCGAACCCUAGUCGACCGGGAAGCCCUCAUCCGCCCGGGUUGCGCAUGUCUACGCUCGACCCGAUCAUGGAAUCGAGAAAGGCCUGA